AUGGGAGGAUGCCGAAGAUCCCUGCUGCUCCUAGGAUUCAUGUUUGUCAUCAUGGCGUAUUAUCAAUGGGACAUGUUACCACAAAAGAGAGCAGAGAGGAUCCAUCAGCGUCAGGAACUGAGAAAGCAGUCGCUGAGAGAAAUGUGUGCCGCUGAAGAGGCGUUUUCUGAGGGAAAGCGCAGUUUAGAUGACAUGAGCAACGGGGAGUUGAGGAACCUCAUUGUGGAUGACAAACACGGCAUCAUUUACUGUUACAUACCCAAGGUUGGGUGUACCAACUGGAAAAGGGUAUUUUUUGUGCUGAAGCAGGGUGAGCCUUAUCCUGAUCCCAUGUCCAUAGAAGGUGAAAUGGUACAUAUGCCCAACAUGGUCCCUCUCCUAAACAGCUUCCCAAGAACAGAGAUGAAGGCAAAGCUGAAGCAUUACACCAAGUUCCUGUUUGUCAGGGACCCGUUUGUACGUCUCAUCUCUGCCUAUCGAGACAAGAUGCUGGGGAACCAGAAGUACUUCUAUGAAAACUAUGGCUGGAAAAUUCUGCGCCUGUAUGGCAACCAGCCUGCACCACAUUUAGCAGGAGAGGCAUUUGCAUCUGGCAUACGUCCCUCAUUUUACAACUUUAUUCAGUACCUGGUGGACCCGAGGACAGAGAUGAACGAGCCUUUUGAACCCCACUGGAGGCAGAUGCACCGCCUGUGCCACCCCUGCCUCAUAAAGUAUGAUUUUGUUGGCCAUCAGGAAACUCUUCAGGAGGAUACUGAACACAUAUUGAAGACCUUAAUGCUGGAGGACGACAUUAAGUUCCCUCCUUCUAACAAAAACAUGACUUCCACUACUUCUGUGUUGGACUGGUUCAGAACAGUGCCACUAGAGGACAGGAGGAAGCUGUACAAGAUCUAUGAGAAGGACUUUAAGCUUUUUGGCUACAGAAAGCCAAGUGAAUUGCUUGAUGGUUGAGAUCAAGUCAUGAUUUGGACAACUUCACUUUUUUCUAUGCAGCCACUGAGCAUAUAGAAACUACAAU